GCCGACUGGGAUGGGUGAGAGGCGGCCGCCGAGUGCGCUGGAGGAGGAGGAGAGAAAAGGAGGAGAAGGAGGAGGAGGACGACGGGACUUGCGGCCACGCCCACCACGCCGCCUGCAGACGCACUUGCAAAAGUUUUGGGCUCGAAAGGCCUCUCCUCGCUUUGCCAGAACAUGUCGGCCCCGAGCGGGGGUCCCGUCGGGCCCGACCCCGAGCGGAGCGCCGCGAGGUUCGGCUUCCUGAGCCGCCACUCCUUCUUCUCCAGGCACAACCCUCACCCGCACCGCGUCAGGCACAUUCAAGGUCGGGUUAUGCAUCGGAUUGACUUUUUGGCAAGUGGUAAUCGGCGUCGUCCUCCGCUCAGGACUGAACGGCAGGCCCGUCUGCAGCGUGCGAGACGACUGGUCGGUCGCGUCCUCGCUGUUCCCGCAUCCGCUGCUCAAGAGUCACGCGCCGCGGCGGCGAGCUCGCGACGGCCUCGACGCCGGCGAACCAGCCGUGUUUUCAGAGGCGUGGAGAGAGGAGCUCAGAGAGCUGACGGCCAAAGUCACGUCGGCCCAAAAAGAGGCUCGACCCGCCGAGGAGCCCGUCUCGCGCCAGACCCAAUACUCGGCCGAAACCGGAAGACUCGUCCCUCCGACCGCCAAGUCUUCCCCCCGCCGACCGCUUUCCCAGCACAAACCUUUCCACGAUCAAGAACUUCUGGUGCUGGAGCUGCUUUGUCAGAUCCUGCAGACGGACUCGUUGCGGGCCGUCCAGCGCUGGCUUUUGUCGGCCGGCCGCGGAGAGAAAGAGUCGGUGACCAGGAUGAUCCGACAGACGGAGCCGACGGGCCGCCGGCCGCUCGGAGCCCCCCGGGACCCGUCGUCCUUCGUCCCCCCGCCGCUCGGCACCAGACGGAACCGGGUCGACGCGACUUCUGCCGGCGCCGGACCAGAGACGGUCGGCGACGCGGAGGUCCUCGCCGUCCACGCCGACGAUCGGGAGGAUGAAGCGGACGCCCGCCGGGAGCUCGCGUGGGAACGCGACCAUUUGUAGCCUGAAAAAGAAUAAAGAACCUGCUUCUUCUCCGACCGUCAGCAGGCUCGUCUAAAUCCCGCUUUGCAAAACUGCUCACGCUUUGACCUCAAGGAGAACAAAAUACAUAAUGCGUGCAUGCAUAUGCAUAAAAAGGAUGAAAAAGAGUGGAACGAGUCAAGUGCUUAAUGGGAAGUCACCAGCAGCAGACUUGAGCCUGUCUUGCAACCCUGCACAGUUUUUUUUUUUUUUUUUUUUUUUUGGGAAACACCAACUGUGCUUUGAGACCCGGCCAUCCUUUAGCCAAGCUGCUUAUCCUCACAAGUGCCUCUCCCAGCUCACUUUGAGCGUACCACGGACCGCACCUUGAACCGGUCGCCAGCGUCACCGAGUGGGAAUUGAACCCACGCUGCCCGCACCAAAGUCAGGCGUGUGGACCGCUACACCAUCGGUGACCUCUUCUGGAGCCGGAAGAGAAAUCCUCCUCUCCUUGUCCAGGACGAAUUUCAAAUAUGAAUAAUUUUUCCUCUGUACAAUAGCUUCCAUUUGCAAUUCUCUUCCUGGGCCGGAAAUGUAUGAAAUCAAUGCCUGUACUUUUCAGAUGCGCAUCCCAGUAGCGGAAGCCCGCCUCUCCCAAUUGCAUAAACCACAUUUUCAGAUGCGGGCGUCGGAUCGCGGGAAAACACUCGCGCGUUCCUCAAACGCCGGACGAUUGUUGGCCGACAACAAAAAAAGGCCUUUUCGCUCGUUUCAUUUUCGCCGCAUUCAAAAAUCC